CUCUCUCGGAAAGUGAAAACUGAAAACACGCUGCACACUCUCUGCUCACUCUAUAAAUACUACUUCUCUCUUAUCUCUGAGCCCACGCUUCCCUCUCUCUUUCUCCCUCUCCCUAUCUCUCUUUCUCGGAGUUUUUGUCACUCUGUUUCUGGUGGAAUACAGACACACAGAGCGGUUUUCUGACCUGGGUUUUGGUCAGGGAAAGUUGAAGAAACAAAGAGUGAGUUCUUUUGGGUCUCUUGCAUACACCACAAUGUCGGUUUUCAAAGAUGAAGAUCCUCGCAUCCAUGGCAUUAAAACCAAAAUUCGGGUCGUCCCCAAUUUCCCCAAACCUGGUAUUAUGUUCCAAGAUAUCACAACUUUAUUGCUGGACCCAAAAGCCUUCAAGGACACAAUCGAUUUGUUCGUUGAGAGAUACAAAGGCAAAAACAUUUCAGUGGUUGCAGGAAUUGAGGCUCGAGGUUUUAUCUUUGGCCCUCCCAUUGCAUUGGCAAUAGGAGCAAAGUUUGUUCCCCUGAGAAAGCCAAGGAAGUUGCCUGGAGAUGUUAUUUUUGAAGAGUACACUUUGGAAUAUGGAAGGGACCGUCUUGAGAUGCAUGUUGGAGCAGUAGAACUUGGUGAGCGAGCUCUGGUGGUUGAUGAUUUAAUAGCCACAGGAGGCACACUCUGUGCUGCAAUGAAUUUAUUGGAACGUGUUGGAGCAGAAGUAGUUGAAUGUGCAUGCGUAAUUGAAUUACCAGAUUUACAGGGUCGUGUGCGAUUGAACGGCAAGCCAUUGUAUGUACUAGUUGAAUACCACUGAUCCUGGCAAAAGACUAUAUGAUUCAUCUGUGUUGGUGCUGCAUUAGGAACAUGCACAUUGUGGGCUACUCCCAUAUCCGGAAUCUGAUUUGAUUCACCCUGGCCAUUCCCUUUUCCCCGUUUCAAUGAUUAAUGAUAUUUGAUAAACCUUGGUUGCUGAGACCCUUCAUUUUAGCUAGUACUAGUAGAGCAUAGAGCAUUGAAUUAUGGAAACCGUUCGAUAUGAGAAAACUUCUGCAGGACUCAUUUUCUUUGUUUUUCCAUGAACUCAAUUUUAUGUAACCCCCUCAUUUUGUUUCUCUCA